GAACGCCAAUUAGCACACCCGAAUCAGAAGCCAAAUUGUGGGUUUUCCACCAUGAAGGAGUUAUACCUGAAACAAAGCAAUGGGACAAUGCAUGAGAUGCAUCGAAUUUUGCGUUUUGUUUGUUUAUUUGCAAGAAAAGGAGCUGUUCACUAAUUCGGGGUUCUCCUUUCACGCACUCCCUCCCUGUCUCUAAUAAAUACAGACGUGUGGCCAAGCUGUUGUUUAGAAUUUAUCAUAGCUUAUUGAAUGUGGUCUUUGUGGAUGCUAAUAAGCUUGUGCACCGCCAGCGCCUUGCCCACGCUAGUGGCAAGAGAUGACUCCCUGACGGCUCUCCCCACCUUGACAUAUACUUCAUCGGCAGAAUCAUCAUAUACCUUCACGCCAGUAGUGGAUUCCGCUGAUGAUAAUCCCUAUGUUCUCCAAGAAACCAUGCCGAACGGGCUGGUGUUCAUCAUCUUUGGCUCCAUUCUCCUUCUUUUGGUGGUGUCAGCCUUCCUUUACUUUACCAUCACAUGGGCUAUUUCAGUUUAUAAGGCCAAACACCAGAGCGAAAAGUAUUUCUACAACGCUCCGCUCCAGUACCCGGACGAUGGAUUCAACAGUUCCGGGUCGUCUGUGUUUGAACGCAAAAGUUCCUUUUCCAACAUGAGUCAGUUGACAUUGAACCAACCACUUGGCAGGCCGUACCGAAAUGCUAAAUUGGAAAAUAAUAGAGGGUCGAUGUUUUUCAGUCCAACUAGUGAUUUCAUACUUAGCAGCGAUACUGAUAGUCCCACCAACUUUGCCGGGGAUUCCAGCAGCAGUUUCAUCAAUCUUAACAGUUCGGCAUUAUCGUUACUAGAGAUAGGAUCUGGUACGGUGGAGACCCCGCCUAACGAACUGAAGCCCAAGCGGCCGCCUAGUCAAUAUCUAGAGGACUUAUUGGCGGACUAAUGGAACGAGAAGUUGUAAAUAGACGUAUUUCGAACUAUAAUAGCAUAGCAUUAAUAUCAUACCCACCAACUG